AUGCAUGCAGCCGGCCGUCAGGUCCUAAGCGCAAAUUGCGCUGCGUCAUACACUUCGGAGCCGGCUGUUGGGUCUGACUGCUGCGAUGCAUGGGCAUCUCAGGCGCACUGCUGGCGGCUGGCGCAGGGCGUGGCAUGGCAUGGUACUGCUACUACUACUACGACUACUUACUACUACUACUACUACUACUACUACUACUACUACUACUACUACUACUACUACUACUACUACUACUACUACUACUACUACUACUACUACUACUACUACUACUACUACUACUACUACUACUACUACUACUACUACUACUACUACUACUACUACUACUACUACUACUACUACUACUACUACUACUACUACUACUACUACUACUACUACUACUACUACUACUACUACUACUACUACUACUACUACUACUACUACUACUACUACUACUACUACUACUACUACUACUACUACUACUACUACUACUACUACUACUACUACUACUACUACUACUACUACUACUACUACUACUACUACUACUACUACUACUACUACUACUACUACUACUACUACUACUACUACUACUACUACUACUACUACUACUACUACUACUACUACUACUACUACUACUACUACUACUACUACUACUACUACUACUACUACUACUACUACUACUACUACUACUACUACUACUACUACUACUACUACUACUACUACUACUACUACUACUACUACUACUACUACUACUACUACUACUACUACUACUACUACUACUACUACUACUACUACUACUACUACUACUACUACUACUACUACUACUACUACUACUACUACUACUACUACUACUACUACUACUACUACUACUACUACUACUACUACUACUACUACUACUGUAUUACGGAUGUGGGCCUGCUUGGCUGUUUGUCCCUUCUUCCGUCGCUGCGCAGGCCGCUGAUGCAGCCUUUGUCGUUUGCCGUCACACCCUUCGCGCCCUGA